CAAAACCAGAUACAAGACCUCCAUUAACAAUCACCAUUUCAAAUCUUCAACCUUUUGCCCAAAACGUUGAGCAAAAAUCAAAACCUUUUCACCAUUUUGACAUAAAGAUGCCACCUUUUACACAGUCAAGCCCUCUCUCAAAUGGGUUUUCCCAAAAUCAUCACAAACUUAACAACCCAUAUCACCAUUCAUCCAACAAUGUUGUCACCAUUGAUGUUGGUGGUCAAAUCUUUCAAACCACCAAACAAACAUUAACUUUUGCAGGAUCAAACACCAUUUUUUCCAAUCUUUUUAAUUCUUAUGAUCAUAUACCUUUUAUUGACAGAGACCCUGAUCUUUUUUCAAUCCUUCUUUCCGUUUUAAGAACCGGUUUUCUCCCAUCAAAGGCGAAGUCAUUCGAUAUCCAAGACAUAAUCUUUGAAGCAAAGUUUUAUGGCAUUGAUCACCUUCUUGUUCAAUCGGACUCGAACCCGUCUCAAUUCGAAGCCUUUAAUCUUGAAAAAUCCAAGAUUUUGAAUCUUGGUGGCAGAGAUUCACCAUCUGUUAUUGCCACAUCACCAUAUGGGUCAGUUCAUGUCUCUCAUGGUAGCAAGAUUACAUCUUUUGAUUGGUCAUUACAAAGAAAGUCAACAAUAUUGACCCAAUUCACAGCUAUUGAUUCCAUGUUAUCUUUAUCAUCAAAUGUAGUUGCAGCAGGUGCUACUGAUUUCUCUGGGUUGCAAAUUAUUGAUCUUGAUUUGGGUUAUGUGAAACAGAGUUUGAGUUGGGAAAACAUGACUAAGUCUAGCUCAACUGUCCAAGCAAUUGGGAAAUCCCCUGAGUUUUUAUUUACUAGUUUUGAAUCGGGUCGUAGGAACUCGAAUUCGAUCAUGGUUUACGAUAUUAAUGAUGGGUUUAGAGUUGUAUCCGAGAUUGCGAAAAAUGAAAUCUUUGGUGCUGAUCUUGAUUCUGCAAUACCAUCAACUAAACUGAAUUGGCUUCCUAGUGUUAAUCUGUUGAUGUCUGCAGGGUCUCAUAGUGGACCAUUAGGGGUCACAGGAAACAUCAAGUUUUGGGACAUAAGAUCAAACGAAAUCGUGUGGGAAAUAAACGAAAAAGAAGAUUGCUUUUCUGAUAUUACAGUUUCUGAUUCCCUUUCGGCCGUUUUCAAGAUUGGUAUAAACUCAGGAGAUGUGUCCUAUAUCGAUUUCAGGCACAUUGACAGCGAUAAGUCAUGGAAGUCUCUUGGUAGCACUAAGAAACCGACUAACGGAAAGAAAGAAGGGCUUGGUUGCAAAAUCAAAAGCCAUGGGAACCAAGUGUUUUGUAGUAAAGAAGGUGAAUUGGAGGUAUGGUCUGAAGUCUUGAUGGGUGGCUUGAAAACCGAAAUCGAUGGAAAGGAUGAAAGAGUGUUUAGAAAAAAUCACUUAGGAAGGACAAAGGAUAUGGGAGGAAGCAGGGUUACAGAUUUGGGUUUUAGUGGAAACAAAAUGUUUGUGACUAGAAAAGAUGAACAAUGUGUUGAAGUUUGGGAAAGCUCAAGAAAAGGAUUUUGAUUCUUUGAGCUUUUAAAGUUUAUUCAUUCAUUGUAUAGAAAAGCAAAACAAAAUGUUACAGUAUUGGUUAUUCAUUCAAAAGACAUUCCUAUAUUA